AUGAUCAAAUUUAUUAUAAAUAGUAAUGUAUGGCUACUUUUAAUUACAGUUCUUUAUGGAGGUUAUAAGAAUUAUAAGAUUCAAUCAAGUAUUUCAGAAUAUUAUGAAAUAGCUCAAUUUCUAGAGUUAAGUAAUAUUGAAAGAGCUCCAUUUACGUUUUACUAUCAAGAAAUUUGGGAUAGAGAUGAUGCAGCUUAUAGUAUGGCUGUGUAUCUCAAUACAAAAGUAACUAAAGAGCAUUGGACUGAAAAGCCAAUAUUUGAUAAAAAUGACAUAUACAAAGAGUCAUAUUUAACAAAUAAAAUUCUUGAACUACUUCAAGAAGAAAAAUCUACAACAUAUUUAAUAGAAGACUUACAAAAACAAAUCAGCACUCAACAGUUAAAUGAACGUGAACAAAUAGAAAAAAAUCCAGAAUUGACUCCAUUAGUUGUACUGUUAAACUUUGGAAUUAACUCAAAAUUUAAUGAUAGACGUACAAUUUACAGAAAUUUACUACCCGAAUUAAAUGAACAGGUAGAUGUAAAAAAAUUUUUACUUGAGAGAAUUGAAUCUAUGUGCAAUCCUUAUUAUAAAUCAAGAGCACUGUAUCAGUUAGCUGAAUUUUAUGAUGAGAAAAGUUAUGAAUUAUUAAAUAAAUCUUUUAUAUUAACGGAAAGUAUUCAAGAGCCAACUUUAAAGUUUCAAGUAUUGGAAAAAAUCUUUAGCAUUAUCCAUUAUAAGGAAGUAGAUCGAACCGCGUUCAUUCAAAAAAUUGUCGAUGAAUUAAUUGUAACAUUUGACAAUAUUGAUAAUCUAUAUAAUCGAAUUAUCUCAUCAAUAAGAUUAUCAUUUUAUGGAUCAAGAGAAUUUCGAAAAAAGUAUUUAGCUAUUCCCAUAGAAACACUUGAUCGAAUGGAUGAAGAUAAUGACAAAAUCAAAUUAAUCAUUAAAUUAAAACCAUUAAUCAAUAUUUAUGAUGAUCUUUUAAUUAAACUAAAUGGAACUAUAGAAAGACUCAAGAAUAAAAUGCAUAAUUAUUUUGUCAAUUCUUAUUAUGGAAGAAUAUUAUUUACUGAAACAUUACACGUUUCUAAGUCAACUUUGCUAAAUUCAAAUAUAAAUCAACAUAUAGAAAAUGAGAAUGAUAACAAAGAAAUAAUCAAUAUUCCCAAUUAUACAGAACUUCAAUCUUUAUUUGUAUUGAUUGCACUAUUAUAUGAUACAAAAUUAGUUAUUGGUAAAACAGAUGACACUAAUCAACUAUGGAUUGAACUUUUUAAAGAUACUAAUAAUCGAUCAAAUAUAGAAAAGAUAUUAAUUAUUGGUUUACAUGAUGGAAUAUUUUUAACACCCCAAGUAGCCAUCAUUAUAGAUGAAUUGAUAAAAAAAGGAGAAGAGGAUCGUAUAUCCAUACUUUUUCCUUAUAUUAUAAAACCAUCGAAUGAAGUAUUGCCUGUUGUUCAAAGAUAG